AGAAAACAGGAAGUGUUCGGUGGCGGGAAAUUUGCUAUUAUUAUUAUGAAAGCGUUACCAAAGUCAGUUCGUAUUCAGACUGCUGGAGAUUUGUCCCACCAGUUUCAGUUGAAUUUCACAUUUUAGCGACAGUUAAAUGAUUUAAAAGCAGACACGGUUCCCCGGGAUUCACGACGAACAGAGUUAUUGGCUCGGUUUUAGUUUUGUGGUGACUUCUCUCUGUCUUCGGGACGACCAUGAAAGCUGAAAUGGACAAAAUCGUCUCGUUGGCAGACGGUGAGAGCACCACGGAGCUUCAGAAGUACCUGUCCACCCUGACAGAUAACCAGCUCAUUACUGCGACAACCAACAGCGCACUGAAGGGCAAAAAGGUCGGUGCCAUGCUUAAAGGGAUUUUUAAAGGAUCUCCACCUGUUUCCAGCGAAGGGGCCAAUCGCAGACUCUUGGUGUAUGAGCACCUGAUUCCUCUGUGUGAGUCUGGGGAUCUUCAGGCUGAGGUUGCAGCUGAUAUUAUCGGUCUGCUGAUGCUGGAGACUCACGCGCUGCCCGGACCGUCUCUCGCCAAACUGGCUGCUCUGUUCGUCGACGCCAUUAAAGCGGGGAAGAUGGGCAGCGGGAAAUCGCUGGAGCUGUUUCCCACUAUCCUCACGGCCCUCGCCUCGUGUGAAGCCUUGUCAUACGGCAAAGGGGAACUCAGUGGUGAAGAAUACAAAAAGCAGCUCAUCAACAGCCUCUGCUCGAGCAGAUGGGAUCCGCAGUGUGUUAUCCACUUGACAACCAUGUUUAGGGAUGUGCCCCUGUCAUCAGAGGAGCUGCAGUUUGUGGUGGAGAAGGUCCUGAGGAUGUUCUCCAAACUGGAUCUGCAGGAGAUCCCCCCACUGGUUUAUCAGCUGCUGCUUUUAUCAGCUAAAGGUUGUAAGAAGCAGAUCCUGGAUGGGAUCGUCGGUUACUUUAGGGACCAGGACAUCCGCCAGGAGGAGGAGCAGAAAGACGGAGAGAACUUGCAUCUGGAGGUCCAGACUAUUCCCCAGGACCAGCUGAGGCAUGUGGAGGGGACCGUUAUUCUCCAUAUAGUUUUUGCUGCCAGGCUGGACCAUGAGCUCGGGAGGGAGUUCCUAAAAAGCUUUAAGACGUCGAACGGGAACUUGUGUCCUUUCAGCGUCGCCCUGUUGCUCUCCGUAGCGCGCAUCCAGCGAUAUGAGGAGCAGGUGUUUGACCUUUUGAAAGGAGCCGUGAUUAAGAGCUUUAAGGAUGAGCAGCUGCAACAAGGGUCAAAGUUCCUGCAGGACCUGCUGCCAGGGCACUGCAGUGUGGCUAAGAUGAUACUGGACACGGUUAAGAACAGCGUAUUUGGAUGGGAUCAUGUCACUCAGGGAUUGGUGCAGCUCGGGUUCUUCCUUAUGGACACAUUUGGACCCAAACCUGGACCAUUUGGCAAGGCCGCAGAGGGGCCCGUCGGUGCAGCCCGGACCCCCUCUCAGCAGGCGUGCAAGCUGGGAGGACAGAUGCUCCUUCAGGGCUUUAAGAUGCAUGAGCCAAUCAGAGGCGAGAUACUGGAGCAGGUCCUGAAUCGUCUGGUCACAAAGACCUCCUCGCCUGUCAGUCAUUACUUGGACCUUUUCUCUGACAUCGUGAUCUCUGCUCCAAUGAUUCUCCUGGAGUCGUCCUCCAAGGUUACGGAAACGUUUGACCACUUGACGUACCUGCCUUUGGCGACCGUCCAGGGUCUUCUGAAGGCCGUGCAGCCCCUCCUCAAGGUCAGCAUGUCUUUGAAAGAUUCCUUAAUUUUGGUGCUUCGCAAGGCCAUGUUCUGCAGCCAGUUGGAUGGCAGGAAGUCUGCGGUGACGGGCUUUUUGCUGCUGCUGAAAAACUUUAAGGUGUUGGGGAGCUUGGCUUCUAGUCAGUGCAGCCAAGCUGUCUCCUCCAGCCAGCUCCAGGUUGACGUUCACUCUCGCUACAACUCCGCUGCCAACGAAGCCUUCUGCCUGGAGAUCCUCAGCAGCCUGCGCCGCUGCCUUGGCCAACAGGCCGACGUGCGCCUCAUGCUCUAUGAGGGUUUUUAUGACGUUCUCCGUCGCAACUCUCAACUAGCGAGCUCCAUCAUGCAGACGCUUCUCUCACAGGUGAGGCGGUACUAUGAGCCCGAACAGGACCUGCUCCCCCCCGUCAAACUGGAACCGUGCAUCACCGCUCAGGGCGACCAAGUCUACUUGCAGGAGCCGCUGGCGCAUCUAGUGAGCUGUACCGUUCACUGCCUGACGUGGCUGCAGAAUUCACACCGAGGCGCCAACCUCAACGCAGAAGACAGCGACGACGACGAGGAAGAGGAGGAGGGAUACAAGUCUGAGUUACAGGCGAUCUUAGAGAGCGCGACAAGACGCAUGAUCAAAUGUGAACUGGAGGACUUUGAGCUGGACAAAUCGGCAGAGUUUUCUCUGGGAUCCAGCGUCGGAGUGAAGAACAACAUCUACGCUGUGCUGGUGAUGGGACUCUACGAGGUGCUGAUGGAGUACAACUUCCUCAAAGCAAACUACAACAAAGCCCGCUUUGAGGAGCUUCUCCAGCUCUUCAACCGUCACCACAAGCUGGCUGAGAUCUUGAAGGAGAAAUCCGGAAAGGGUCGCGCGCCCUCACACAAGACUCCUCGCAGUUUACUCUCCAUGGGCUUCGUGUCGACUCUCAUCACCGUCCUCUUCAGAGACAAUAGUCAAAGCAGAGAAGAGGCUCUGUCGGUGCUCCGCUCAAGCGGGGAGUUUGUGCGUUACGCUCUGAGCGUUGCCGUUCAGAAGAUCCAACAGCUGGAGGAAACCGGACACACGGACGGUCCGGACGGGCAGCAUGCAGACCGGACCUUCCGCUUCCUCUGCGACAUGACAAGCGUGCUGAUGUGGCGCUACACCAACAUCCCCGGCGCGGUGGAGGAGGCGGGGAAGAAGGAGAAGCGCUGCAGCUUGUCCCAGCUGUGCCUGGAGGGUCUGCUGAGGAUCUUCACAACCUGCCAGCAGCGCUACCCAGAGAAGAUGGCCCAGCUGCUUUCCACCAUGGAUGUUGCAGAAGGUGAAGCCGAGCAGGACGAUGUCGCCGAGAUGAACUAUUUUUACAUCAGACAGUUUCAGAGGGCGCUGUUCGCUCAGUUAAGCGGAGGCGAGGAGGAAUUCAACAGCCGAGAAGCUCAGCUGCUGGUCAGCAUUUUGGCCGUGCUCGCACGUCAGCUGAAGCCCUCAUCUAAGCAGUUUGUUCAGAUGAUCACCUGGACUGUGAAGAUCUGCAAGGAAACGAGUUUUGAGGACUCUGCGUUCUGUAAGGGACUUCUGUCCCUUCUCUUCAGCCUCCACGUCCUCUACAAGCCUCCAGCCAGCCUGCUGCUGGAGCUCUGCCAAGACAUUCACAGCCAGUUGGGAGAUAUAGAUCAGGACGUGGAGGUGGAAAAACAGUCUAAUUUUACCGUCGUGAACAUGAAAACGGCAACUACAGCAGCACUGCUGGUCCUGUCUCAAGUCGACCGAGUGCUGGAUGAAGUGGACUGGCUUAUUGCCAGGAAGAAAACUCAAACAGCUCCUGAUAAACCUGGCACCGCUGAGGCCUCCCAGGCUGCAGGCCAGCAGGAUCCGGUGGAGAAGGCGGUGACUCUGCAACUGGGAACCCUCCUGACGGCGUUAAACGAGCUGGUCCAGACGGCUCUUCUGCCCGGAAGCUGCACCAUAACGCUGCUGAGAGAGCUGACCCGCACUUACACCAUCCUCACCACCCUGGUCAAAUAUUAUAUCCAGGUGUGUGCCAGCCAGAGCGCAUCGUUGCCAAAUCGAUUUGAGAAACUGGUUAAACUGUCUGGUUCCCACCUUACGCCACAGUGCUACUCCUUUAUCACAUACGCACAGAGUGGCGAAUCCAGCUUUGCAGAUGACAAGAAGAAAAAGAAGAGAAAUGAGGCGAACACCGCUGCCUCGGCAAAGAUUCUGCGUGACACGAAGGCCAUCCCCAACCUGAUCUUCAGCAUUGAGCAGUACGAGAAGUACCUCAUCGCACUCUCAAAGAAAUCAAAGGUCAAUCUGAUGCAGUACAUGAAGCUGAGCACUUCCAGAGAUUUCCGCAUCAACGCGGCCACCUUGGACGCAGCUCUGCAGGAGCAGGAGGAAGCUGAGGUGACGCAGGAGUCGCAGGACGCGGCGGAGGCGCCGGAGCCCAAACAGAAGAAGAGGAAACAGUGAGCGGGAAACGGCUACCUUCCUUUGCUCAGAGAGCCUCUGGUGAUGCUGAGGAUUUGGUAGAUGUCCAAGGCCUCGCCUGCGGAAAGAUUUGCACACUUUUGUUUAAAAGCCUUUUAUUUAUGUCACUUUAUUAAAAGAACCAUCUUUUAAAUGUUAUAAAUAUUAUUAAAAUAGGAUUCUUCCCCCCCUGUUUUUCAUAGUUAAAUAGUCUGGCUUUUCGGACUUCUUCAGAACUUCCUGAUAAACAAGCUGCUUGUAGACAAUUU